GAGAGAGAGAGAGAGAGAGAGAGAGAGGACUCAACUAAAGUACCGGCAGAGGAAGUGAAUGAAGGUGCGACUGCCUGCGGGCGAGUCUUUCUACUCCAUCAGGUGGACACCAUGAACUACGUGGGGCAGCUGGCGGGCCAGGUGCUGGUUACAGUAAAGGAGCUGUAUAAGGGGAUCAAUCAGGCCACCCUGUCGGGCUGCAUCGACGUGAUCGUGGUACGACAGCCCGAUGGGACGUUCCAGUGCUCCCCUUUCCACGUCCGCUUUGGAAAACUGGGGGUGCUGCGCUCCAGGGAGAAAGUGAUUGAUAUAGAAAUCAAUGGAGAACCCGUGGAGCUCCACAUGAAGCUCGGAGACAACGGGGAGGCCUUCUUCGUCCAGGAAACAGAGCAGCACAAUGAGGUUGUCCCGGCUCACCUGGUGACCUCGCCCAUCCCCACGGACGAGGCUCUGUUCUGGAGCAGAGAGCCCAGAUGUGGGGGAUCAGCGGCAGAGAACGGCCAGUCUGUCAGCCCCAAAGACACGGCCCCUGGAAACCUCCAAACCGGCUCCAACACAGCUGUGAAGAAGAGGAAGAGACGCAGGAGGAAGCACAAGGCAGAGCCACGCAAAGAGGAGCAAGCAGCAGCUGUUGGAGGGGAGGUCGAGCUGUGUGGGCUCAGCUCAGAUGAGGAGCACAAAGCGCACAAUGGACGGCCGUCUUCGCUCUCCAUGAUGAAGGAAAAUGUGGACCACAGGCAGCACUCCCCCCUGACAGCCCUGGAAUGGGACAGCUACCCUUUCUCUGACGGAGACUGGUCCCCCUGCAAUAACAGGGAGAUGUCUGAUCCCUCAUCAACAAAGAGCGACUCUGAGCUGAUGGUGAAGCCAGCAGAGAGCCUGCUCAGGGCAGAGUCCCACAUGCAGUGGAGCUGGGGAGAGUUUCCAGAGUCCACCAGGGUUAACAAAAAGGACAAAUGCGAGCCAAAAGCGUUGACAAUCACUCCCUCAGAGAGCACACAUUUCAGGGUUAUCUUGAGCGCAGACGCCAUGGAGGAAGAGUCCAGAGAAAUAGGGAGAACCACAGAUCCAGUUUGCAGCAUUGUGAAGCCGGAGCCUCGGACCAUCACAGCUGAUGAGUGCAGCUACAAACCACAGCCCCCUGAAGCUCCAUCACACAAUACAAGCAUCACCAAGACGGGCCUUUCCGAUUUAAUCCCAAGCACGUUUACCUCUGAACCAUGUCUGAGUGACUCAGACCUCAACAACAAGGAGGCACACAAGACCAGGUGGAAGUCUUCUCCUCCCAGCCGCAGGGACAGCGGCUCUGCUGCCAGCGGAGGAACAAACACGGCUGGAGACUCAACUGAGAUUUAUCCUGGUACAAAAACCACGAAGCCGAAUGACUCCCCAAUCAAGAGGAGAAGUGUGAGGAAGAGGAGCCAGCAUCAGGGACCUGAAGAUAUUUACCUGGAUGACCUGAAUGCACUCGAACCGGACGUUGUCGCCCGUUACUUCCCAAAGAGUGAGUCUGAGCAGGAUCCUAAACACUGGGUGGAGACGGGGAGGCGAUCUAGUUCCCAGUCCCCUCAGUCUGUGGGCAGCGCAGCAGCAGACAGCGGCACAGAGUGUCUCUCUGACUCUGCAGGUGACCUACCUGAUGUCACCCUGUCUCUGUGUGGAGGUGUUGGAGAGAACUCGGAGAUCUCUAAAGAAAAAUUCAUGGAGCACAUCAUCACCUACAAUGAAUUUGCAGAGAAUCCAGCAAUAAUCGACAAUCCCAACUUGGUAGUUAGAAUUGCAAACAGGUAUUACAACUGGACCCUGGCAGCACCGCUGAUUCUGAGCAUGCAGGCUUUUCAGAAGAACUUACCAAAGGCUACAGAGGAGGCCUGGGUGAAGGAGAAAAUGCCCAAGAAGUCUGGACGCUGGUGGUUCUGGAGAAAGAGCAGCGUGAAGCAGUCAUCAUCAGAGGCCAAGUUAGGGAGCCAGGAGUCUCUGACCACCGACAGCCCUGCCCUUCAUGGGGCCCCUGAAACAGAGCGGAAAGCAGCCGAGUGGUCCAGUGAUGACGAGACUAAAGAGCUGAACGUUGUGGCACCUGCUCCAAAACCUACUGAGCAUGUGCAAAGUGAAAGCCCUGCUGCGGCACCCUGUCACUCCUACAAGAAAUCUCUCCGCCUGUCGUCUGAUCAGAUAGCCAGUCUGAAGCUAAGGGAGGGGCCAAACGAUGUCACCUUCAGCAUAACCACUCAGUACCAGGGGACCUGUCGCUGCCAGGGAACCAUCUACCUCUGGAACUGGGACGAUAAAGUCAUCAUCUCUGACAUCGAUGGCACCAUCACCAAGUCAGAUGUGUUUGGUCAGAUUCUGCCUCAGCUCGGGAAGGACUGGACUCAUCAAGGAAUCGCUAAGCUUUACCACUCAGUGCACGAAAAUGGUUACAAGUUCCUGUACUGUUCGGCCCGAGCGAUCGGCAUGGCAGACAUGACGAGAGGGUAUCUGCACUGGGUGAACGACAGAGGGACCCUCCUACCUCAAGGACCGCUCAUGCUCUCCCCCAGCAGCCUCUUCUCUGCCUUCCACCGAGAGGUCAUCGAGAAGAAGCCCGAGAAGUUCAAGAUUGAAUGCCUCACCGACAUCAAGAAUCUCUUCUUUCCAAACAUGUAUCCCUUCUAUGCAGCGUUUGGAAACAGAGAAAAUGACGUGUUUGCCUACAAGCAAGUGGGUGUGCCCGUGUGUCGGAUAUUCACAGUCAAUCCCAAAGGGGAGUUAAUCCUCGAGCAAGCCAAAGGCAAUAAAACAUCAUAUGGGCGGCUGAGCAAGCUGGUCGAGCAUGUGUUUCCUUUAAGGAGUUCCCAGCAGAACGCCACCUUCAGCUGCCCGGAGUUCAGCUCCUUCUGUUACUGGAGGCAGCCCAUCGCCGAGGUGUGUUCGGAGGAGCUGCUGUCACUCAAACUGACAUGAACGUUUUCCAUUAAGUGCUUCAGAUCAAAGGAACUCACAGCAGUGAUUAGUUCAAAUGCACUGAUUUAUUACUGAUGGAGCGUUUUGUUUCUGCCACUGGAGUAGUCUUAAACUGUCUGAGACGAUCUUCUUUUUGUGUUUCAUGUCGGCUCAUUAGAACCUUUCCCCUUCAUGCACUUGCAGAGGUAAUCUUUGAGCUUAAGAACAGUCACAAAGUGUAUUUGAAGCCUUCGACGGAUCAGUUGUUCUCACCAAUUGGACAAAAUGUUUUGCUACAAGGUUUCUUUGAGACCUCGAAGGUACCAUCACUGUUUUUAGACUGGCUGUUUUCUUUCAGUAUGAAUGUAGAAACACUGAAAACAUUUCUUCUUUUUGGUCUCUGACUUAAGUAUACAAGGUAUUAUUUCUGUUUAUCUCUGUUACCUUUAAGGCCUUUAACAGUCUUAUUGAAGAUGCAUUAAUGUUACAAAGCUUUAGGAUAUUUUGCACUUUUAUGUUAAAGGUCACAUAUUCUCCUCCUCUUCAACAAUUCUAAAACACACAAAACAUGUGUGUGAAGUUUCCUGUUCU